AUGGCUGUACCUUUUCAUUUUCAUGUUCUUGUUCUUGUUCUUACAAUAUCAACGCUUUCCCAGAUACCAAUAUCAUCAUCAUCAUCAUCUUCUUGCACUUCUUUUUUAACUCGAGGAUCAUCUCUAUCUGUUGAUAACGACGAUGACAUUUUAGUUUCACCCGACGGAAUUUUCACCGCCGGUUUCCAUCAAGUCGGAGAGAAUGCUUAUGGCUUUGCUGUCUGGUUCUCGGAGCAACCCGCAUCCCGGAGUCGUACAGUGGUCUGGAUGGCUAACCGAGAUGCACCCGUAAACGGAAAACACUCGACGCUGUUCAUAUCGGAAGAUGGGAAUCUUGUUUUGACAGAUGCUGGUGAUAAUAGAAACGUCAUUUGGUCAACACAGACGAAGUCAACAUCUUCUUUAGUGCAACUGCAACUCCAUAACACAGGUAACCUUGUGCUCCAUGGAGGAGAAGAAAACCCUCUUUGGCAAAGCUUUGAUCAUCCCACAGAUACCCUUCUUCCAAAUCAACUCUUCACUAAGAAAACCCAACUUGUUUCUUCAAGAAGUUUCACUAAUUACUCUUCAGGCUUCUAUAAGCUCUUUUUUGAUAACGAUAGCAUUCUUCGACUUCUUUAUGAUGGCGUAGAAACAACUACUGUUUUCUGGCCUCAUCCGAGUUUAAGAACUUGGGAAGUUGGGAGAUUCCAGUAUAUGGAUAUUCGAAGAGCAAGCCUUGACUCCGAUGGUGAAUUCAACUCAUCUGAUGGUUUUAGUUUCAGAUCUUCUGAUUUUGGAAUGAGAACGCAAAGAAUUAUGAAGAUCGACAUAGAUGGUAACUUAAGAGUUUACAGCUUCGAUGAAAGAAGAUUGAGAUGGGAAGUUCAAUGGCAAGCUCUUUCUCACCCUUGCCAGAUUCAUGGUGCCUGUGGUCCAAACAGUCUCUGUUCUUAUUCUCCAGAUUUCGGAAGAACAUGCGCUUGUUUACGCGGAUACAAGAAGCUGGAUUCUCAAGAUUGGAGUUAUGGGUGCGAACCUGAAUUCCAGCUAUGCACGCAAGAUGGGUGUGAUUUCAUUGAGCUUCGUCAUGUAGAAUUCUAUGGCUAUGAUAUUCGAUUGAUCAUCAACUGUACUCUUGAUGCUUGCAAGAAGGAUUGCUUAAAGGAUGACACUUGCAGGGGGUUUCAGCUUGGAUGGAGGAAUGACAUCCCCUAUUGCUUCAUAAAAACUUCUUUGCAUAAUGGGUACCAAAUGGGAGUCGAUGCUUUGAUGUAUAUCAAACUACCGAAGAGAUUAGUAUCAUCUUUUACUCAGAAAACCAUCAUCCAAUCAAGCUUCAUUUGUCCAGACGCUGUGCUCUCCCCCAUCAUGAGGACUUACAAGACAAAACAUGAUAUGAAUUCGAAGUUGCUUGAAUUCGUGCUAGUGUUCGGAUGCAUGUUAGGGUUCAUUGAGAUCGUUUGUGUAGUGAUGUUCUUGUAUUGUAGCAGUAAACACUUAUCCGCAACAGAGAAAACUUAUUUUCCAGCUGCUACAGAGUUUCGGAAAUUCACAUACAACGAAUUGAAGAAGGCAUCACGCAAUUUCAGUGAGGAGAUUGGGAGAGGUGGAGCUUCAAUCGUGUAUAAAGGGAGCUAUGGGGUGGUGAUAUUGGAGAUGAUAACAGGAAGAAGUCCAAAAAGCAUGAAUGAAAAUGACGAGAUUAAGCGUGCCCUAAUUGAUAGGGUGAGAGAUAAGAUUCAAGGGUUUGAUGAGAUUGUGGAUCCUUGGAUAAGGGACCAAUUUAAUGAGACUGUGAUGGAGAAUCUUGUUAAAAUUGCAUUACAGUGUGUUGAGGAAGACAGAGAGGCAAGACCCUCAAUGAGACAGGUAGUUGAUAUGCUUCUCCAUGUCUGA